AAGUUUAGGGCUCUUCGUGGAGUGUUAGGGUUAGGGCAGGAUCGCGGAAGAGGAAGAAAUGGCGUACCCGCUCCAUCCGCAGCAGCAGCAGCAGCAUCAGCUCCAGCACCACCAGCACCAGCAAGAGGUGAAGCUGUGGUCCGACAAGCGCGAGCGCGAGAUGUUCGAGAACUUCGCGGAUCUCUUCGCCAUCAUCAAGACGACGGAGAAGCUGGAGAAGGCGUACGUGCGCGACGCGAUGAGCGCGCGGGACUACGAGCCGUGGUGCACCAAGCUCAUCGCGCAGUUCCGGACGCUCAAGAACGCGCUGCGCGACGUGGUGCCCGACGUGGACCGCUUCAUGGCCGCCUACAAGAUGGACUGCCCCGCCGCGCACAACCGGCUGCUCGUCUCGGGCAUCCCCGCCACGGUGGAGCACAAGAGCGCCACCUCCUCGUCCUUCGACGCCGGCGCCACCGCGGUGGCGGUGGCCGAGUGCGUCCAGCACUACAUCACCGCCAUGGACUCGCUCAAGCUCAACAUGGUGGCGGUGGAUCAGAUCCACCCGCUGCUGCUGGACCUCCUCUCGGCGCUCAACCGGGUGCCGCAGCUCACCGCCGACUUCGAGGGCAAGGUGAAGACGCGGGACUGGAUCGCCAAGCUCAACAAGAUGGGCGCCUCGGACGAGCUCACGGAGCAGCAGGCGCGCCAGCUCCUCUUCGAUCUCGACUCCUCGUACAACGCGUUCAUCAACUCGCUGCCCAAGCAUACGUGAUCCAUCCAUGAACGUAAGUAAGCUUCUCCAAAGGUACAUAGAUUUCACGCUAGAAGCCAGUAGUCCAGCACUGUAUCACAAUGGUUGGAACACGCGUGGUAAGCUUUCAAGC